AGACACGCCCGCCUAGGAAGGAGGAAGCUGCGGAGUAGGUCGGAGUGCGGAGACGGCGAGAGAGGAAAAGAAAGAAUGUGCGGGGCUGCUUGCCUCGUCGGACAGCGAGUGUUUUGCAGAUAAGUGUCACUCCUCGCAUUGUAUUUGGAUCGAGGCAGCUUCCGCGAGAAGAAUGGCCUUGAGCAGGAGGGCUGCAGAGUUCAGAAGAAAGGUAUUGGAGAAACUCUUUCCUGCCUCUCCUCCUGAUGUGGCCGUUUCAAGCACAGAAGGGAGACAUGUGCUACGAAGCCCAGUCUCAGAACAAGCAGAGUCUACUGAAGCAUCAGAAGGAUACCCAUGUUUACCAGACAAAAAGGGCAUGAUUUUGCCUCCAGGAAAAAUGUACACAGUAACUCCUCCUCCUGAAGACUAUGUACUGGAUGUUAACAGUGAAGUGAAUUAUGAAAACUCUGAAAAUAACGAUGACAGUGACUGUGAUGCUUCAGAAGAGAAUUAUCAAGGGCAACCCAUGAAAAAGCGCAUUCGAAGGAAGAAGCAAAAGAAUGUUUUGCAAAACACUGAUAAUUCACAUGAAGGCCAAGUGGAAUGUGGGAAGCAUAAAAAUCCGACUGAAGAUAACUUACAGCCAGAACACUCAGACAGCCAAGCUUUAAGUCGAAACAAAAAGAGAAAAAUGAAAAAGAAACGGCAAAAAGCGAGGAUGAGAGCGGCUGGCUUGCUAACAAAACCAACUGGUGUAGAUUUCACAUAUAAGCCUGAGAGGGAGGGAGGAACAAAUUUGGAAGAUGUGGAUAAAAAAACAGAUGACAUUCUUGAUUUUUUGCAAGCAACACAAGAAAUCUAUUUUUCUGACAAACGAUCAAAAUGCGAAGCACCAUCAGUGAGUUCAGAAAACAUUUGUGAGAUUUUACAGCACCUUGAAUCUCAUCACAUAGCUGUCUCAGAUGUUACUCUUCUGCACCAGAUGAAAUCCCUUGUACUUCUGCAGGAUGUAGAAAGACUAAAGGGUGCCAUGGAAGAGUUCCAGAUACAUUCAGCCAUGCCUCCUGAUGACGCCAAUGCAAUCUCUUUGCUGUUUCUCUACUGGAUUACAGAUAUCCUUCCUGGGAAGAACAGGAAAUAAAGUUCAUGUGUACCUCCAUCUGUAGAGAGUUUAAAUUUAAUACACAGACUAUGAAUUGAAUUUUGGGAAGACACAGUGUCAUUCGAGUGGGUUCACUAAGAUACUCACCAGCUUUUAAAAAAAAUUGACUUCUUCCUCAAGUUAAUGGUCAAUUUAGAAAGAUUUUUAAUAUUCGUAUAUGGUGUGAGAGAAAGACAAUGUAUUAUUGCGGCUGAAUUUGUCCAAGGGAGAACCAUGUACACAAGAUGCUUCAUAACUACAAAAAUUAUUUUGUAGCCAUAAAGAAGUUGAAGUGUCACUUCCAAAAAAUGCUGUUAUUUGUUUAUACAAAUGUUAGAGUGCAUAUUUUUCUAUAUAAAACAAAAGAGGAAAAAUUUAUUUGUAUAUGUUUAUAUAUAAUUGUUAAUACAAGUCUGUUCCUUUUAAUGUAUUAGAAUAAAACAGUAUAGAAAGUUAAA